AUGCCGCCGAUUGCUCGAAAGAAGAAGCCGGGGGGAGGAGGUCUUGGCGCAGUCAGGCUGAGCUCCAAGCCUCUCGCGACGUGGUCAGAUGGAUCGGGAGCGACAGACGCGUCCACUGGAUUCGCACAUCAAGACCCUCCUGCUCCUGCCGCGCAGCUCGAAUCUCCUCAGUCCGUACCUCGCGGAUCCCACGCUGCGUCGCACGCUCUGCCUGCUGCGAUUGAUGGCAGUCAAGCGACCCGAACCCAUUCCACCGUCGCAUCUCAGCCGUCGGAUUCACAUCGGCAUCCGUCGAUCCGGGACGUGCAUCCGGCAGAUCCGCUUGACGUUUUGCUGCCGGAAUCCGCGAAGCAGCAUCUGCUUGCAGCGACGGACCCCGCACACCCUCCGCACGCAACUGCGAAGCGAGGAGCAAUAGCUGCUUCCAAGAAAGGACUUUCGCAAUCCGUCGCACCGUCGUCGUCCAAUGCGACAUCGCAUGCGACAGAUGCGACUCCAACGACAUAUGUCGUCGCUUCGACUAACAGAUCGUCAACAGCACAUCAUCAACCCUCCACCGCGCCAUCGUCGCAAGGGCAAGGCGCGGUUCCUCCCGCGUUUGCUCCCGCUCCUCGCGCUGCAGCUUCCGCUCCGCACGGUCCGUCGUCUUCCGCGGCGGGUGCAGCGACCGCGCCGAUUAAGAUCAUCGGGCUCUCCGGCAAGGCGUCGCGCUCGUCGCUCGUUAAAGGCAAGCCGCUGGUCGCUCGCUCCGCCAUCACUCCCUCUCCCGCAGCAACCCCCAAUGCUGCCAACAACGCUCCUGCCACCUCGGCUAGCAGCAGCAGCAGUAGCAGCGGCAGAAGUGUAAGCCUGUCUACUCUCACGGGUGCCCCAUUCGUCGCAUCUAUCCCCGCUAAUGGCAUUCCCGCUGCAGCGCCAGCACCUUCGGCUACACCUGCUGCGAUUCCGAUGUCUUCCGUUCCGUCGAGUCACGCAGAGCCGGCAGCGAGUGCGUUUCUGGGCUUCGACGACACGGACGAUCUGCGCGCGGAUGCUCCACGCGCACCCUCUCGCCCCGCCUCGUCCUCCGCCGCCGUCCCCGCGCCUCUCCUCCCCCCCGCGGCAGUGUCGUUCUUUGACUCCCCGCUCGCCUCAGCCGCGCCUGCGCCACCCGUUCCCCCCGCACCGGCAUCCCCCACCUCGUCUUGCUCCUCCACCUCCUCGUCCUCCGCGCCCGCCGCGCGCAAGCUAACGUCGCCCCGGCUGGGAGGCAAGCCCGCAGGCAAAGGCAGGCUGCUGGGGGCCGUGCCCAGACGGCUGUCCGCGCCGCAGCUGAGUGCUGCGAGCAGUGGCGGCGGGCCUGGCGCUGAGAAUCAGGCGCAGGCGGCGGAGGAGCAACAAGCGCGGGAUGCGCAGAUGGAGCAGGCGAGGGAGCGGGAGAUGCAGCGGCAGAUGGAGGAAGAGAGUCGGAAAGUGCGGGAGCAACAGGAGCGCGAGCGGUUGGAGCAGUUGCGGAAGGAGGAGGAGAGGAGGGAGAGGGAGCGGUUGGAAGAGGAGCGAAGGGAGAAGGAGAGGAAGGAGAAGGAGCGACAGGAGCAGCUUAGGGUUGAGCGGGAGAGAAAGGAGAAGGAGCGACUUGAGCGGCUUAGAGCAGCGCAAGAGAGGAAGGAAAGGGAGAGGGAGGCGCAGCUGAAAGCCGUGCAGGAGAGAGAGGAAAAUGAGAGGCUUGAGCGUGAGAGGAAGGAGAAAGAACGACUGGAGCAGCUCAGGUUGGACCAGCUUAGGUUGGAGCAGGAGAGGGAGGAAAAGGAGCGGCUGGAUCUUUUGCAGAAAGAAGAGGAGAGGAGGGAGAUGGAGAAACAGGAACAGAUCAGAAUUGAGCGUGAAAAGAAGGAGAGAGAGGAGCAAGCGAGGCUGCAGAAGGAGGAGGAGAAGAAAGCGAAGGAAAUGCAAGAACGGAUGGAGAAGGAACGGAUUGAGAAGGAACGGUUCGAGAGGGAACGGAUGGAGAAGGAACUGAUGGAGAAGGAGAAGAGAGAGGAAAGGGAGCGAGAGGAGAAAGUAAGGAAAGAGCUAGAGAGAAAGCAGAAGGAGGAACAGGAGCAGCAAAGGCGGAAGGAAAGGGAGCGGAAAGAGAAACUGAAGGCAGAGAGAGAACGGUUAGAGUGGGAAAAGCGGGAGCAGGAGCGGAUUGAGGAGGAGAAGAAGGAGCAGGAGAGGCGCAAGGAGCAGGAACGGAAGGAGAGGGAGCGGCAGGAGGAGUUAAGGAAGGAAGAAGAACGGAAGGAGCGGGAACGGCAAGAGUGGCUUCGGCGAGAGGAAGAGAGGAAGAAGAAGGAGCGACAGGAGCAGUUGCGACGAGAGCGAGAGAGGAGGGAGCAGGAGAGGCAGGAGCGUCUGGAGCAGCAGCGCAGGGAGCGCGAGCAGAAAGAGCGCGAGAGGCAAGAGAUGGAGCGCAGGGAGAGGGAGAGGCAGGCGGAGGAGCAGGCGCAGGAGGUGAGGAAGCAGCGCACGAGGCCCGCUGCUGAAGGCGGUGGGUUGGCAGGCAGCGCGUGGGCCAACGGGCGGGAAGAUCCCUCGGGAUAUGCUGUGGAGGGUGGCGCCAAGGUGGGUCGUACUCAUGCUGACGUGGCUGCCGGCGCGGCUGCUCGGUUGGCUGCAGGCGAGGAGGCCAACGGCGAGCAGCGGAAGGGGCAGAGCAAGAAGGGCGGGGGUGGUGGGCACGGCGAGGGCUGGGCGGGAGAGGGGGACGGGUGGGGGAGCAUAGACGAGGGUGAUGACUGGGGGAUCGCGGACAGAUUCAUUGCGGAGAGGCCCCUGGGGGAGCGCGAGUAUGCGCGCACCAGCAGCUUCCAGGGCGUUGGAUCCGCUGCCAUGAGCGGAGAGGCGGGCGCGCAGGGGCGGAGACCAAACGGGGACGGGUGGGGAGGCCUGGGCGGGGAUGCGUGGGGCAGGUUCGGGGUGGGGGGAGUGGGCGCGCGCAUGGCACGGCCGGCGACAGCGGGGGGGCGGAGGGAGGGGGCGUGGCCGCUGCUGGGGUCGCUAGUGAAGGCGGCGUCUGACGUGUCCGCGUGGUCGUCUGACGUGCUGCUGACGGGGCAGCCCGGGGAGGACGCGGGGGAUGGCGCAGGCAGGGAGGGCGGGCAGGGUAGAGGUGGUGAGCAGCAGGGAGAGAAGGGCGGGGCGGGAGUGCUGGGGGAGGGAGGUGACGUGAAUGAAAGCGAGGGCGUGGCUGGGGCCGUUAGCAGGCGGGGAGGGGAUGGCGUGGGGGAGGACAAGGAGAGCAAUGAGAGCAAUGAGAGCAAGAUCCGCAGUCUGUUUGACAAGGCUGGCGCAGGGCGAGAGGGCGCAGGGGCGAAGCUGGGCUCGCAGGUCAUCAACCAAGGUGCGUUGGCCCUCAAGGGUCUCGCCAUGCCCGUGCUCUCCAUGCUGGGAGGCGCCGCUGCGGACCCAGCCACUGCCGCCUCCCCUGCUUCAGCAGCACCUGCUGCUGCUGCUGCUGCUGCUGUUGCUGAUGGCCCCAAGCCCACAUGGGGUGCGACGAGCGCAGCUGGCUUUGCUUCUUGGAUGGGCGGAGGGGACGAGGGUGGCGAGGGCGGGGCAGAGGCUGGGGCAGAAGUGGGGGCUAGCGGUAGGGAGAGGGGAGGAGGAGGUGGGGGGAGGAAGCAGCUGGGGUGGGAGGACCUAGUGAGCAUGGACUUUGGGGGCGUGGGGGAGGACGCGGACGAGGGGGGCGCGGAUGGGGGGGCGUCGGGCGAGGUGGGUGUGCUGGCCAUGCUGCAGAGGGGACUAGCGGACGAGGAGGAGGAAGAGGAAGACGAAGAGGAGGAGGAAGAAGAUGUGAUGGCAGCGCUGGCGAGCGGCAGAGCAGUGCGGCUGGGGGGACCCAUGAUGGCGUCGGUGGCGUCUGCAGUGUCGGCUGCUGCCACCCGUCUGCUCAAGGCCACUGCCAGUGAGGAGGACGCUGCCGCCUUCUUUGCUGCUGUGGACCGCGACGCUGUGCGCCCUGCCCCACCCGCCGCCGCUGCUGCUGCUGCUGCCCUUGCAGGGCCCACGCAGCAGCUGCUGCCGGGUGCUCUGGGCGCUGCUGGUUCAGGAUCCGCUGAGUCUGGUUCUGCUGGCGUGGGUGGGGGAAGGAGUGGGGAGGAGGGCGGGCAGGUGGAGGGCGUGAAAGUGGGAGGCGAGGAGCGGGAGGAGGAGGAUGCGGCGGCUUGGUUCAUGUCUGCUGAUGCUGAUGCUGAUGGCGAUGGCGAUGCUGAUGCUGAGGUUGAUGCUGGUGCCGGCGCUGGUGUUGUUGGGGUAGGGGGGAUGCAGGGGGUAGAAGGGCAGGCGAUUGGAGUAGGCGAGGAGAGGGAGGGGAGUGAGCAGCAGUGUGCAGAGGAGCAGCGCGCUGGGGAUGCAAACCUUGGGGAGCAGAGCGUGGGGGAGCAGAGCGUGGGAGAGGGGUAUAUGGGAGAGCAGCAGAUGGCGGUGGUGGGCGGGGAGGGAGGGCAGGAGGGGCAGGCGUGGCAGGCGUAUCAGGAUGGGCAGGCGGGAUGGCAGCACGAGAGUCAGGGCGAGGGGCACUAUGGGGGACAGGGCGAGGGACAGUAUGGGGGCCAGGUGGAGGGGCAGUAUGGAGGGCAGGGAGACGGGCAGUAUGCAGGGCAGGGUGAGGGGCAGUAUGGGGGUCAGCUGGAGGGGCAGUACGGAGGGCAGGGCGAGUUGACAGCGGAACAGUGGGAGGAGCAGCAGCGGCAGUGGGCAGAGGCGUACCCUGGCUGGUACUGGGACUACGCAGCAGGCGAGUGGAGGCAGAUCGAGGGCUAUGUGCCACCUGCUGCUGCUGACACCGCAGCUGUAGCAGAUGCCUCUGCUGCUGCACAAGCAGAUCCUGGAGCAGCAGCAGCAGCAGUGGCAGCAGGCGACGCUCCAGCAGCAGGCGCCACAGAGCAUGCAGCAUUGGAGGAAAUUCCAUCAGAGCAAGUUCUUCCUGAAUCAGAAGCAGCAGUGUGUGAGGCGCCUGUCGCUGAGCCUUCAGCCGCUUGGUCUGACGCGCCACAGACAGAGGCGUGGCAAGGGGCCGGCGAGGCGGUGGCGGGUGGGUGGGAUGGAGCAGAGGGGAUGCAUGCGGAGGAGGUGACGGAUGUGGCACAUCAGGCUGAGACGGGCGAGGGGGAUUCAGCUGACGCCCUGCCACCUGUCCCUGCCACGGGUACAUCUGAGUUUCAGCCGGUGCUGAUGGCAGCAGGUGAUCAGGGCAAGGAGCAGGCAGAGAGCCGUGUGCAGGAGGGAGUUACAGGAGAGGGUGGGGAUGAGCAGCUGCCAGUCAGUCCUGCUCUCCAGCCCCUCUCCUUCGAUGCGGCUCCCCCUCUGCCUCUCCUCCCUGACUCCCAUCCCACGGUUCCCCCGCUCUCCUCUGAGAUCACACAAGCUGGCGCCGGGAUAGAUAGGGGGGAGGAGGGUUUGUCGCAGCCUAUUCUGUUGCCUGUGUGCGAGGGAGGCGAGGCCGUGGCAGUGGCAGCAGGGGCGGAGGUUGCUGGGGAACAUGCUGCAGUAACAGACGCAGCGGGUGCCGAAGGGGGGAGUGUGGGUGGUGUGGGCGAGGGUGGGCAUGGUGCGUUAGACGCAGAGGGAGGCAAGGAGCUGGGGAAUGCUGAUGUGCAGAUGGGGGAGGAGGGGCAGUUUGCAGGUGAAGCCGCUUGGGCGGGCGAGCAGCAGCAGGAGGGGCAGCAGCAGGCGGAGGGCCAGGGUGUAGAGGCAGCGACAGUUGGUGAGUCGGGGGUUAUCGCGACGGAGUACCCGGGGUGGGUGGUGGAUGCAGUGACUGGCGAGUGGCGGCAGGUGGGCGAGGCGGCGCCGGCAGCUGCAGAUAGGGCUGGCGGUGCGGCGGGCAGCAGCGGCGCAGCAGCAGCAGUGGAGGAGCCCAUCGCGCUGCACUACCCCGGAUGGCGAUGGGAUGGCCUGCUGGGCCAGUGGGUGCCGGAUGAUCAACUGGAUGCUGCCGCCGCUAUUGCUGCGGAUGGGGCUGAAGCUGCUCCGGACUUGGCUGAUGCUGCUGCUGGAACGGCAUUAGCAGUAGAGGCAGUGGCAGUAGAGGCUGUAGCUGAAGGCGCAGAGGCGACAGUUGCUUCUUCAGGUGAGCCUGUUAACGGGGAGCAGCAGUGGACCCUGGGGGCAGAAGCAAAGGAGCCUGUGGCUCCAGAAGGGGAGGGGUCGGAGUGGAUGGAGGCAGGCGAGGGAGAGGUGGUUGAUGCAGCAGCGGGAGAGGAGGGCAUGGGGCUUGCACCAUCAGAGAUGAUAGGCAGUUCAGCAGCAGGGGGUGCAGAGGGCGACGGUAGCCAGAGCGAGGCAGUCUCAACACAAGUAGUCGAUUCAGCUGAGGGUAUGGUUGAGGAUCCUGUAGGGAAUGCAGCAGAGUUUCUGGCGCAAGAGGAGCAAGUGUUGUCAGCAGGUGUAGAAGCAGUGGAGGCAAAGGGUUGGGAGGCAGACGGGGCAGGCAGUGAGGCAACAGCAGCGGGUGCAGCGGAUGGUGCAUUCACUGAGGGUGCGGAGACAGCGGGAAGUGAAGCCAUUGCAACGCAGUACCCCGGGUGGGAGUGGGACGCUGUGGCGGGCCAGUGGGUGUUCACAGGCGAGCAGCCCGCUGUAGCUGCCGACUCUGCUGCUGCUGGCUCCGCUUCUGCUGGCGACAUGGGCGAGUCUGUGGCUGUGGUAGGCGCGGUGGGAAUGGCGGCAGGUGGUGAAGCAGGGGGCGCAGCAGCCGUGGUGGCAGGGGAGGGGUGGCCUGAGAGCGAAAUGAGUGGGACAGUGGUAGACUGGGCAGCAGAGGCGGUUGAGGGAGGCGUUGAGGGAUCGUUUGUGGGGUUUGAGAGCGAGGGGCAGGUGGUGAGUGAGGCAGGGGGGGAGGCGAUGGAGGGGCAGGCUGAUAGUGCAGGAGGGGAGGCGGAUGUCAAGGCGGAGGCAGACGGAUUUGCGGAUGUUGGUGUUGAGGCUGCGACUGAAGCUGAGGUCAGUGCACCAGUGGUGGAGGAGGAGGCGAAAGGGACAGCUGGAGGUGCAGAAGAGGCAGAGGUAGGGGAAGAAGCGGUUGAGGGGUGGACAAACGGGCAGCAGCAGGGAGAGCUGCAAGUGUUGGAUGCAGGAGCAGACCCAGCACUUGCAGCAGCAGCAACUGCUGUCUCUGCUGCUGCUGCUGCUGCUACUGCCAGUCUGGUUGGUGAGGAGACGGCAGCUGGAGUCACAGCAGAGGCAGAGGGUGCUUCUCAGGAGCCCUUCUGGGCGGACGCAGGGCCUACGGAGGGAGACUAUGGGGAGGCGCUGGGGCUAGGCGCAGGUGGUGCAGAGGAGGCAGUGGGAGAGGGCGAUGGAGGGAUGGCAGCAGUGGUGGCGGCAGAGGCAGAGGGUGCGGAGACAGCAGGGUAUGAGGCGACAGCAACGCAGUACCCCGGGUGGAUGUGGGAUCCUCUCACGGGCCAGUGGGUGCCCACAGACGAGCAGCCGGCUGUAGCAGAGGCGGCUGAAGCAGGUGACGCUGGUGGAGCAGCUGAGGUCACGGGAGCAGCUGAUGCUGCUACAGCUGAUGUGAGCGCGUUCGAAAAGGCCGGUGCAGUGCUUGAGGCGGCAGCAGCAGCAGCACCAGCAGUAGAUGCAGCAGCAGCAGGGGCAGGGUUGGAGAUGGGGGAGGGCGAUGGGGUGUUUGAGGAGCAGGACUUGUCAGGGGACGCCGGGGUGGCUGUGCAACCACUAGCAGCAGAGGAGCAUGCAGGUGGGCCUGAGGCUGCUGUUGUGGCAGAAGGUAUAGCAGAGGCAGAGGUUACUGGGGGAGAGGGUGCAGCAGGGCAAGAGUGGACGACGGCAGGGCAAGAGGGGCUAGCAGAGGAGGAGGGCACAGCAGGCGAAGGAGACGUGUUUUGGAAGGAGGAGGUGGUGGAGGCAGCUGCUGUGGCAGCCCCAUGGGAAGCAGAGGGCGGGUCGACAGAAGCUGAGGGCGGGAUAAGCACGUCAGUGUUGAGCGCAGAUGGACCUGGGACUGAGGUGGCGGGUGGAGGGGCACAGGCAGAGGCAGAGGCACAGGCAGAGACGUUUGCGGUUAGUGGAGUGGCAGCAGGGGGCGACGUCAUAGCAACGGAGUACCCGGGGUGGGUGGUGGAUGCAGUGACUGGCGAGUGGCGGCAGGUGGGCGAGGCGGCGCCGGCAGCAGCAGAUGGGGCUGGCGGUGCGGCGGGCAGCAGUGGCGCAGCAGCAGCUGGGGGGGAGGCCAUUGCGCUGCAGUACCCCGGGUGGCGCUGGGAUGGCCUGCUGGGCCAGUGGGUGCCGGACGACCAGCCAGAUGCUCCUGUGGCAGAUGCGGAUGGGGCUGAAGCUGUGGCGGCAGUCUCAGCUUUGGAUGAAGGCGAGGCAGCAGAGGUUGCCGCAGUGGAGGCGGUGGGUGAAGCAGCAGAGAGCUCAGGCAUGGAGGGUGUGGGUGGGGAGGCAGGGGGCAUUGAAGGCAGCGCAGAGGGGGGAGUGAUAGCGACGGAGUACCCAGGGUGGAGGUGGGAUCCUCUGACGGGUCAGUGGUUGCCCACGGACGAGCAGGUGCCUUCUGGUGCAGGCGCAGCUGCUGCUGCAGGCGAAGCUACUGCUGCUGCUGUGGAGGCAGUGAGUGGCGCAGGGGACGAGGCAGCAGUGGCGGCUGGCAGCGUGGCAGCAGGCGGGGAGAGUGCAGGGAGCGAGGGUGCAGUGGGCACAGGCUUUGGGGCGGGGGAGGCGGAUGAGUGGGCUCAGUUUGAGGAGACGGUGCCCAAGGAAGGGGAGGCAGAGGGGGGAGCUGCUGCAGGUGCAGGCAGUGUGGAUACAUCCCAGGCCGAGCCUGCCAUGCAACUGUCUUUUGAGGCGGCUCCGCCCCUCCCUGGCCUCGCCCCGCCUCCGGACUCUCUUGCUGCUGGGACUGAGGUCGCGCAUGCGCCUGGGGCUGCUCUUUCUGCAAGCGUAGAGGCAGGUGGGGAGGGGCUGGGCGAGCAGAGUGGUGCGCAGGGAGUAGAGGCAGGUGCGGCUUCAGAGGUGAGUGCAGCUGGUGCGAGUGCUGCAGGUGAGGUGGCAGGUGGAGCAGGGGAGGGCGAGGCAGGGGCGUGGGCGCAGAAGGAUUGGAGCCAGUGGGGGCAGACGGAGUAUGAUGCGUACAAUGCUUGGUACUACCAGCAGCAGCAGCAGGCACAGGAAGGGGAGGGACAAACACAAGCCACACAGUAUGGCAGUACAGAGGCAGUGGCAGCACAGGGUGCUGCGGCAGCAGCAGGGGUUAACGGGGAAGCAGUGGCAGCAGAGGGUGCAUCUUCCUACCCUUCAGCACCAGACAAUGCCGCCUCGCAGCCUCUGCAGCAGCCGCCAUUGCCCAUUCAGCCACAGCCGUUCCUGCCCGCCCCUGCCCCAUGGGGAGAGGGCGGCGCAGCAGAGGCGCAGGGUGACAGCAGCUACCCUGGUGGGUCGUCUCAGCCCGACCCUGGGUACGGCCCUGCAGGCUCGCGCUACAGCCAGCCCCACCCCGGCUACAGCCAGCCCCAGCCACACGCUCCCUGGGUGCCAGGCACGGCAGGGAAACCUGCGGUGGGGCUGAUGGUGCCUUCUGCCCCAUACUCACAGCAGCCGCAGCAAGCGCAGCAGACGGCAGGGGUUGGGGGGUAUGCACAGGGGUAUCAGGGGUACCAGCAGGGGUACCAGUAUGGGCAGUACGAGCAGCAGGUGCAGCAGCAGCAGUACCAGCCAGUGCAGUACAAUCACGUGCCGCCCACCAGCACAGCGGAGGCCGUGCUGUCGUCUGCAGGCCGCCCGCCACACACGCUGCUGGCGUUUGGGUUCGGAGGCAGGGCAGCCGUGGUGGUGCCUGGCAGCUCGCUCGGUCAGACCCUGGGGUCGCAGGGGCAGGUGGAGCUAUCCCCCCCAGUGCAGCCGACGCUAAAGCUGCUCCCCCUGCCUCACCUGCUGAGCCUCGCCACCCACGACGGCACCUCCACUGCCGCCAGCACCGCCGGCUCGCUCUACCUCGCCCCACUCACUGGCAAGCACGCGCCCAAUGGCCCGCUGACAGCUGGCAGCAUGUCAGCCAAGGAGCUGAGCAAGUGGCUGGAGGAGCGCGCGGAGCGGAGCGGCGAGGAGGAGGAGGCGGAGGCAGGGGGCGGUGGGGGUGCGGAGAGGGCGGAGAGUGUGGCGCUGCUGUGGCGAGUGCUGCGAGUGGCGUGUCAGUUCUACGGGCAGCUCAGGCGGGAUGGCAUGGGCAGUCGCUCCGCACAGGGCGAGUCAUCCCCAGAGGCAGAGCUAGCCAAGGUACUGGCAGUGGGAGGGGCUGGACCCACCACUGCUACAGCCGCCCCUGCUGCUGCUACAGCCGGGCCCUUCCCGUCGGUGGCAGCGCCGGCAGCAGCAGUGGCUGCCAUGGCGCCAUACGCCUCUGCAUGGUCGCCCCUGCCUGCUGCCGCCUCUGCUGCUGCACGAGUGUCGGACCUCCAGCUGCCCAUCCCCACUGAGGCUGCUGUUCAGGUGCGCUCCUCCCCUGCUCUGCUCCUCUCCUCCACGUCCUGUCUUGCCGCUUCCCUGUCUUGUCUGUCGGCUUCCUUGUACUGCCUGCCAGCUCUUCCCUUCGCCACCCCCUGUCCUCCAGAUGCACGUGCCCUCUGCUCUCCGCCUACCCCAACCCCUUCCUCCCUCCCUCCACACCCCUUCCCCCCACAGGCGGCAGCACAGGAGGUGAAGCAGCACCUGGUGGCGGGGAGGCACAUGCAGGCACUGGAGGCAGCCAAGGCGGGCCACCUGUGGGGGCUGGCGCUGCUGCUCGCGCAGCACAUGGGCGGCCCCACCGACACACGCCUCUUCCUCUCCACAGCACACGCCAUGGCGGCGCAGCAGUUCGCCCCUGGUGCCCCUCUGCGCACACUCACUCUGCUGCUCACCCAGCAGCCAUCUGCCGUGUUUGCCUCUGGUGCUGCUGCCACCGGUGCCGCUGCUGAUGCCACCAAGAUAGGAGCCGGUGGUGCUGGUGCUGCUGCUGGUGGGGGUGAUGGUUCUGGUAGCAGUGGGAGCAGUGACGAGGGUGUGAGGGCGAUGGUGGCGGAGUGGAGGGAGAAUGUGGCGCUGAUGGCAGCGACGCGCACGAGUGGAGAUGAGAGGGUCAUCUCCCACCUGGGCGACUGCCUGUGGCGCCUCAAGGGGGACGUGGCCGCAGCACACAUCUGCUACCUCGUCGCAGCAGGCAGCUUAGAGCCCUUCUCCUCCUCUGCACGCAUGUGCCUGCUAGGCACGGAUCAUCUGAAGCACCCGCGCACGUUUGUGACGGCGCAAGCCAUUCAGUGCAGUGAGGUGCUUGAGUAUGCGUUUGUGCUUGGCAAUCCGCAGUUCGUGCUGCUCCCCCUGCUGCCCUUCAAGCUUGUUUAUGCCGGCAUGCUGGCCGAAGCAGGCCGCCCGGCCGCCGCCCUCAAGUACUGUAGCGCGGUGCUGAAGAUGCUCAAGGCGGGCGGCAGGGGGCGGGGAGUGGCGGCGGAGGUGGAGGGGUGGAGGGCAGCAGCGGAGCAGAUGGAGGAGCGGCUGAAGGUGCAUGUGCAGGGGGCAGGGGGAGGUGGGGUGGCAGCAGCACGCGUGUUUGGUGAUCUCAUGAGCUUCCUUGAUAGAGGCGCCAGGAAGAUUGUCGGUGGGGGUCCUGCUGCUACGCCUCUUGCGCCAGGUGUCGCAUCGGCAUUGGGUGGAGGCGCCAUGGGGGACAUUGUGCCUGGAGGGGCUGGUAGCAAGCCGAGCUUGGGAGAGUCGUCUCGGUUUGGUUCGGCGCCGAACCUGGGGGUGGCUGGGAAGGCUAGUACGACAGGGGGAGGGGGGUGGUGGGGUCUGGGCAAGCGCGCCAUUCCUGCAUCCACAUCGUCCCCAGGCCUGCACAGCGCGUCCGGGCCGAACCUGGUAGGUUUGGUGGAGGGGCAGGAUGCAGGUGCCUCUGAAGGCGGUAUGGCGGGCAGCUACAGUGCUGCUGCUGCUGCGAUGGCUGGUGGUGGUGGGGCGGCAGAUGGCUGGUCUGGUGGUGCGGUUGGUGCGGCAGCAGCAGGAGUGGGGCCACAGGGAGGAUUGGGAGGGGAGCAGGGCAGUGCAUGGAGUGGAGGGGCGAGUGGGGGAGUGCAGGGGGCAGCAGUUGGUGGCAGUGAGUGGGGCCAGGGGGUGGCGCAGGCAGGGCAGCAGCCGCAGCAGGAGCAGGUGGGGAUGCAGCAGUGGGGUGAUGGAUAUGGAGUGGGAGCGCAAGGAGGGCAGGAGCAAGGGGAACAGCAGACAGGCACAGGGGCAGGCGAGAUGCAAGGGGGUGAGAGGGAGGGUGGGGGCGAGGGCGAGUGGCACGAUGCAGCCGCUGAGGUGUUAUCUGAUACCUCGGACUCGGCUGCAUGCACUCCGCUCUCCUCCUCCUCCACUCCUGCUGCCACCGCUGCUGACAUGCCCCCCAUCGCCCUCUCCCCGGCCUACGGCACACCCAUGGGGGACAGCAACACAGCAGCAGCAGCAGCAGGAAGAGGGGCGAGCAGCAGGGCAGGGGAGGCGGUGCCUGCUGCAUCCCAGACGCCAGCCAUCAGGGAGGACGAGCCUCUCUCCAUGGCAGCCUUUGCCGCGGAGUGGCACGGCACGCCCAGUGCAGCGGGGUGGGGGUCGGGCCACCUCACACCCAUCAGGGAGUCCCCCAGUGGGGAGGGCGAUGCUGACUUUGUGCCCCAGGCCCAGCCUGCCCUUGUGCCGCGCUCCCAGUCCGCCUCCGCUGCAGAUCUACCCGCCCCAGGUGCACCUGCCGCCAAGAAGGCGGCCCCGCGCAGCAGAUUCUCCCUGGCUGGGCUGCUGGGCGGGCACCCGAGCAAAGUGAGCCCGCAGGACAUGGCCGAGGGGAGCGCUGAUGCCACACUCACUGGGGCGGGUGGGAAGGCGGGAGCGAACGGCGAUGGGAGUGGCGGGGGUGGGCCGUCAGCGUCGUCCUCGUCAGCGUCGCUGCUUGCCACGUCAUCAUCCAUGGGGCUGGUGACAGAGGAGGCGGUGGAGGGGCUGCUCGCUACUGGCGCUGGCAUGUCCAACAAGCGCAGCGCCUCCGCUCCUGACAUGGGGCAGGCCGUGCCGGCCAAGGGCAGCAAGGGCGGAGGAGGCAAGCCGCCAGCAGCGCCAGGGGGCAAGGGGCUGGGGCGCCUCUUUGGCUACUUCUGGGGGGGCGGCUCUGCUGCUGGGAGCGCAGGGGGAGGAGGCGCAACCGGGAAGCAGGCGAAGCUGGGCGGGGAGAACACGUUCUACUUCAACGAGAAGCUGAAGCGGUGGGUGGAGCGAGGCAAGGAGGACGAGGUCGUGGAAACCACCCUCGCCCCGCCCCCCACCGCCUUCGCCUUCGCCCCUGCCGCUCCCGCCACCUCCAACUCCGCUGACCCUGCUGCCACCACCCCUGCUGCUGCUGCUGCUGCUGACGGUGCGCCGCCUGCUACGUCUGCACCGCCAGCUGUCCAGUCAGCAGCUCCUCCUGCGCCAGCUGCUGAUUCCACGUCAGCACCGGCCAGCUCAGCAGCGAAGCCUGGCCCGCCACUGGCAUAUGCUGGCAGCUUUGGGCGGCGCAGUGCUGUGCGCUCCAGGUACGUGGACACAUUCAACAAGGGCGCCACACCUGCACCCACGCCUGCCGCCUCGCUGCUGCCCUCCAUCCCACGCCCCAUGCCUGCUGCCGCUGGAGCAGCAGCGCCAGCAGCAGGGGGGCCACCAAAGUUCUUCAUGCCUGCUGCACCCAUGGCAGUCAUGACCCCUGCCCCGGCUGCAGGGGGUGAGGCGAGCAGCACAGAAGGGCUGGGUAAUGGAGUGGGGUCAUCAGGUGGGGAUGCCGUGCCAGGUGGUGGGUCAGGUGAAUCGGGAGCAGCACCUGAUGCUCCUGUGCCUGGGUCCUUGGCACCUCCAGGCAUGGCGGUGGGGGCACCGCCGAGAGCAGCAGCGGGGGCAGGCAGGGCGGGGCAGAGAGCAGGUGGGCAAGGAGGUGGGGGGGCACAGCAGCACAAGGGCGUGUGGGCAGCGCAGGGGUACAUGGCAGCUGCUCCUCCCAUGCUGCCCCCGGGGGCUCAGGCUGCACCGGGAGCACAGGGAGCGGUGCAAGGGUUUACAAGCAGUGGCGCAUGGGGUGGUGCUGGGGGGAAUGGCAGCAACAAUGGCUUCCCAGGGGCUGAUGACAUGCAGCAGGUGGAGCUGUGA